CGAUGUCAAAUAUAAAAGCCAGGUGGCAGGCGACGGAUCGUUACAGUUUUGCAAAAUAUUUUCGCGGGACACCGUCAGUUUCACAAUUUCAUUCGGCGGGACUGUUCGCACGGGACCAUGAACAGCAUUCUCUUUUUCGUCUGCGUUCUCGCUGCCUGCGUGACAACCCAAGGAUACCAGAUUCGACAAUUAGCGGACGUGCUGGACAUAUCGAGGGAUCAGUUCGACGAAUGCGUGAAAAACAAUGGAUUAAACGACGACGACUUCUCGAAGAUCCAUCCGCUUUUAUUCAAAACCGAGAUGAGCGAGGACGAGAAGAAUUUAAUGAAGAACUUCAGCUGCUUCAUGGCCUGUACCUUCGAGAACGCGAAAAUCAUGAAGGACGAUAAAGUUGAACUGAAACCUUUGUUGAAGAUAGUGGAGAAAAGCAAUAUUUUCUUGAAUCCAGAGAUAAAAGAGAUUUUGAACGACUGUGUCGACGAAGCGGGAAAGCGGUCUGACAAAUGCGACGCGGCCUUCGAUUUCUCAAGCUGCAUGCUACGAAAACUUCGGUAUGGCUGAAAAUAGCUCGAUGACUGAUAAUAAGCCAAUCCAAAUAGCAUCGCACUGUAAUUGCUUUGUAAACUGCUGAAGCGA